CCUCCUCUAGUAGGUACCUCUAUGUAUUGCUGCAAAAAACUAUCCUGCACACAUUUUACAAACUCCAAACCAUCCAGCCCAUUUACCGAAUGUGUUUCCCAAUCUAUGUGUGGAAAGUUGAAAUCUCCCACAAUCACUACUUUGUGCUUACUACUAAUAUCUGCUAUCUCCUUACAUAUUUGCUCUUCCAAUUCUCGAUCCCCAUUUGGCGGUCUAUAAUACACCCCUAUAAGUGUUGCUACCCCUUUCCCACUUCUCAGUUCCACCCAAAUAGCCUCCCUAGAUGAGCCCUCCAAUCUAUCCUGCCAAAGCACUGCUGUAAUAUCUUCCCAGACUAGUAAUGCAACACCUCCACCUCUUGCCCCUCCAAUUCUAUCACACCUGAAGCAACGAAAUCCUGGAAUAUUUAGUUUCCAAUCACAGCCCUCCUGCAACCAUGUUUCACUGAUCGCCACAACAUCAUACUUCCAGGUAUCUAUCCAGACUAAGCUCAUCCACCUUUCUUACAAUGCUCCUAGCAUUAAAAUAUGCACAUUUAAGAAACCCCCCGCCUCUUAUUCUCUGUUUAUUUCCUUUUUUUUCUUUCUCCUCGUGUGCCCGAGUGCUUCCCUUUUCUGCUUCCUGCCUCCCAUUCUGUCUACUAGCUUUCUCUAUUUGAGUCCCUCGCCCCAACCAUUCUAGUUUAAAGUCUUCCCAGUAGCCUUUGCAAAUUUCCCCGCCAGGAUAUUGGUCCCCCUUGGGUUCAAGUGCAACCCAUCCUUUCUGUACAGGUCCCACCUUCCCCAAAAGAAGUCCCAAUGAUCCAGAAACUUGAAUCCCCGCCCUCUGCACCAGUCUUUCAGCCACGCAUUUAUCCUCCACCUCGCUCCAUUCCUACUCUCACUGUCGCGUGGCACAGGCAGUAAUCCUGAGAUUGUUACCUUUUUGGUCCUUUUCCUUAACUCUCCUCCCAACUCCCUAAAUCCUCCCUUCAGGACCUCUUCCCUUUUUUUUACCUAUGUCAUUGGUACCUAUAUGUACCACGACCUCAGGCUCCUCUCCCUCUGAUUUCAGGAUAUCUUGGACGCGUUGAGAGACGUCCGAGACCUUGGCACCAGGGAAGCAAACCACCAUCCUGGUCUCCCUACUGCGUCCACAGAAUCGCCUAUCCGACCCCCUAACAAUAGAGUCCCCAAUUACUAUUGCCCUCUUCUUUUUGUCGCUACCUUCAGGAGCAACAGGGCCGGUCUCUGUGCUGGAGGCCCGUCCACUUGUGUUGCCAAUAUUGGUGCAUUGAGAGGAAAAGAAUGAAACCUCAGGAGAGGUUUUCCUCUGGAUCAUGGGCAGCUCACCUGCCUAAGAGCCUCACAAAAUAAAAAUGUUUAUUUUUAUAGGAGGCCUUCUUCACCCUCCUACUGGGCCAACCUGCCCUAUUGAACAUUUGUUUUGUGUAAUGUUCUUACUACAUGGAUAAUGGCCCUCUCCAUUGUUGGAAACCGUGUGGAAUAUCUGUCCCACUGAGUUACUCCAUUUUGUGACUAUCUUUUAUAUACUCGCUCUUUUAACCGAUCAACUAGUUGUCCCUGCCAGACAGCAAGAAUGAGAUUCCACAUUGUUGUGUUGGGUUAUUUUGUUCCUGCAAAUUCAUAAUCUUAUUAGUUUCCAUAACAGCAAAAGUAACUGAUAGUACAGAUGUAUUCCGCCCAGUCCAUAGAGACUGCUGGCAUGAAUGACUCAUUUUGAUAAUUUUAACAGACUUAACCCAUACAAAGAAAAAAGAUCCCUCUGCUGAGAGGUUGAAGCGCAUAUUGCCAACUGAAGAUUAUGAACUUGGGUAUCUUCAAAUCACCGACAAACCCAGUAAGCAAAGCGUGGAGGAGAAGAUGGAAAAAUGUUCGCUACAGAUCACUGGUAUGACUUGUGUUUCUUGUGUUGCCAAUAUUGAAAGAAAUCUUCAAAAAGAAGAAGGAAUCCAAUCUGUUGUAGUGGCACUAAUGGCGGGAAAAGCAGAGGUGAUAUAUUAUCCGGAGAGCAUCCAACCUGCUGCCAUUGCUGACUUAAUCACAGAUUUAGGUUAUGAUGCAACCGUGAUAGAAGAAGACAAGUCUGAACCUGGGAAAUUGGUACUUCACAUUACAGGAAUGACAUGCGCGUCUUGUGUUCACACUAUUGAAUCGAAGUUAGCAGAAGUCAACGGGAUUUUAAAUGCGUCAGUGAACCUCACCACAAAUAAAGCCAAUAUUAAUUUCAAUCCAGAAAUACUGGGUCUGCGCGACAUCGUCCGAGUAAUUGAGGGUCUUGGCUACAAAGCAUCUGUUGCUAGAAGACAAUCAACAAUACAACAUCUAGACCGAAAAGUAGAGAUAAAACAGUGGAAGAAGUCCUUCUUGUUCAGUCUUUAUUUUGGCCUCCCUGUCCUUGCUUUAAUAAUAUAUGUCGCAGUGAUGGACCAAAAGCCCAAUAUCCCCAUGGUUCUUGAUGAAAAUAUUAUUCCGGGCUUAUCAAUCAUUAAUCUACUUUUCUUUCUUCUGUGCACUCCGAUUCAGUUUUUUGGAGGACGGUACUUCUACAUUCAAACCUACAAGUCUCUGAUACACAAAUCUGCCAGUAUGGAUAUGCUGAUCGUUAUGGCCACUACAGUGGCAUAUCUGUAUUCCUUGGUAAUACUGAUUGUGGCCAUGGCAGAAAAGGCAGAGCAUAGCCCAGUGACUUUCUUCGAUACUCCACCGCUGCUGUUUGUCUUCAUUGGUUUGGGAAGAUGGUUGGAGCAUAUAGCAAAGAGGAAGACUUCAGAUGCAUUGGCUAAGUUGCUCUCACUUCAAGCUAUGGAGGCAACAUUGGUAACACUAGGACCAGACAACUCAAUACUGAGUGAGGAGGAGAUAUCUGUGGAUCUUGUCCAGAAAGAUGAUUUUCUCAAGAUCCUCCCUGGUCAAAAGUUUCCCGUGGAUGGAAAAGUUGUGGAUGGUACCUCAGCGGCAGAUGAAUCUCUCAUUACAGGAGAGUCUAUGCCAAUUGUGAAAAGACCAGGAAGUAUAGUGAUUGCUGGAUCUAUUAAUGCACAAGGAACUCUGUUGAUUAAAGCAACCCAUGUUGGUGCAGACACAACAUUAUCACAGAUUGUCAAACUAGUAGAAGACGCGCAGACAUCAAAGGCUCCCAUUCAACAGUUUGCAGAUAAUCUGAGUGGAUACUUCAUUCCCUUUAUUGUUACAAUGUCUUUGCUUACUUUCACUGCCUGGAUUACCGUUGGAUUUAUUGACUUUGAAAUCAUGAAAAGGAGCUUGCCAGUUUACACCAUCAAACAUAUUUCCAAAGCUGAGCUGAUUAUCAGAUUCGCAUUUAAGACUUCCAUUACAGUAUUGGCUAUCGCAUGCCCCUGUGCUUUGGGACUGGCUGCUCCUACAGCUGUCAUGGUGGGGACUGGGGUCGGUGCACAAAAUGGCAUCCUCAUCAAAGGUGGAGAACCACUGGAGAUGGCACGCAAGGUAAAUGUGGUGGUGUUUGACAAGACUGGUACAGUUACACAUGGUGUUCCGACGGUAAUAAAGGUUCUGGUACUGGAAGACAAAACUAAGCUUCCACUGAAGACACUACUUGCAAUUGUAGGCACUGCAGAAUCUAGUAGUGAACAUCCUCUUGCAAGUGCCAUCGUCAAAUAUUGCAAAGAAGAGCUUAGCACAGACGUGCUUGGGCAAUGUACGGAUUUUGAUUCUGUUCCAGGCAGUGGCAUCGUCUGCAAAGUUACCAACAUUGAAGCCGUGCUGACGAAAAGUGAACAGAGUCCCAGCACACAACAGCCCACACAGAUUAAAGAUGCAGCGCCUCAGAUUUACAAUGUGUCGAUUGGAAACCGGGAGUGGAUAACACUAAAUGGUUUCUCUUAUGGAUCUGAUGUUGACGCGACAAUGAUUAAACAUGAAGUACAAGGACAGACAGCAGUGUUGUUUGCUAUUAAUGGUGUGCUAUCUGGGAUAGUAGUAAUUGCAGAUACAGUCAAACCCGAAGCUGCAAUGACUGUCAGCAUCUUGCAACGCAUGGGAGUGAAUGUGGUCCUCCUAACAGGUGAUAACCACAACACAGCAGUAGCAGUUGCUAAGCAGAUUGGCAUCAGGGAAGUGAUUGCAGAAGUCCUUCCCUCCCAAAAGGUGGCUAAAGUUCAGGAUCUCCAGCAACAGGGUUUAUGGGUAGCAAUGGUCGGAGAUGGUGUCAAUGAUUCUCCCGUCCUUGCUCAAGCUGAUGUGGGGAUCGCCAUUGGAUCUGGCACAGAUGUGGCCAUUGAAGCAGCUGAUGUGGUGCUCAUGAGAAAUGAUCUACUGGAUGUUGUGGCCAGUAUUGAUAUAUCCAAAAAAACUGUUACUCGAAUUCGAAUAAAUUUUUUCUUUGCCUUAGUUUAUAAUCUGGUUGGAGUCCCUAUUGCUGCUGGAGUGUUUCUCCCUUUCGGCGUGGUGUUACAGCCAUGGAUGGGGUCAGCUGCAAUGGCAGCUUCUUCUGUUUCUGUUGUCCUCUCCUCGUUAAUGUUGAAAUUCUAUAAGAAGCCAAAAUUAGAAUCGUUGCAUUACCGAGCAUAAAGCCACCGGAAGCAGUUUACACUAUCCCAAGUUAUCACGCAUAUUUAAAAUGGAUGAAAGAAAUCAAGAUUCUCCAGAGUUCAGUAACCGGGACCUUCAUCCAUUUUCUCUUCACUCACCAAUGUGAGAAAUGAUGCAAUCAGAGACUAUCUCUUCAUGAGGAAUCUGAUGAACUGCCUCUGCUGGUUGGAGCCAGGAUGAAGAGCAUUGAAUCCGAGCACUGAUGGAAACUAUGAACCGAGAGAAUAUAUUCAUGCUCUGCAAACUGAUCAAGACUCAGGUGUUUCAUGAAUAGUGAUAAGUUUUGUACCAUGUUUACGCAACCUUUGUGAAACAGCAGUGUUGUGAGCUUUAACUUCGUGAAGGCCAUUCUGAACUAAAUUAAUGCUAAUUUAACUUUGGAGAUCUGUAUUGCAUGGAACUGCAAUAAAAUUAUUUUAAU